GGAUGGCGAAGUAUAGGAAGAUCUAGAAAAUAAUUUAGGAACAAUCUGUCUCCAGAAGGCUAGUUCAGAUGAGGAACAGGCAUAAAGGCUACUUUGAAGAAGGAAGAAGAAAUAGAUCACAAGUAUGCAGUAAUUUCAAGAAUGGAACUAGUAGAUCUCUACAUGAUUCGAUAGCUAUCCCUACAUACUUUUUAACACCAAGAAAUAGGUAUUCGAUGUCUACAAACGUAACGCAGGUGGCCGUCAUCCAGAACCGCGGGUUGGACAGAAACAGAGACAGGACAUCGUCACAUUAAAUGAGGGGAUCAAUCAUCCAGCAGUGAUCACACGCGUCCGCGGAAAAUCGCGAAAAUGAAGUGGAGCCGGGAAAACGACCGUUUAACGUCAACGAGCGUAUGAGGAUUUACCGCUGAGGCCUUCCUUGAUUGAGUCAGACGAUGACACACGAGGCCCAACACCUCCUUUGGGGGGUUUUUCUCCCUCUCGUUCUACUGACCGCAACAACGACCCAGGGUCAAAAGUGGAAACAGGAAGGUUCCAUUGAGAAAAUCGACGGAAAAUGCCCUGAAAGUUACUUCCCCUGCGUAAACGACCCUUUGUGCAUCCAGCAGAACAAUAACUGUGAUGGCAAAGCUGAUUGUCCUGACAAAACCGACGAAGAUAACUGCCACGACAAUCCUCUAGACGAGUACUUCGACAGCCUGGUCAGCAAAAGACUUUCGGCCAUUCAUGACGACGACGAUAAGAACUGCACUCUCACCUAUAAUGGAACUUGUGUGUGCGAGAGGAGGGACAUCUUUUGUCACAUGAGGAGGCUGAACGUAGUUCCGACCGACAUUCCAAACGGGGGGAUAGAGAUCUUGGACUUUACCCACAAUGAUUUCAACACAUUGUCAAGGAACGUUUUCAGGGGAUUGUACGACAAAGAUAUCGAGAAAUUGAGUUUCGUCCAUUGCAACGUGAAGGUCAUCGCAAAGAAAGCGUUCUACGACCUGACUCGGAUCAGACAUUUGCAGAUAGACAACAACGCCUUCGACGUUUUUCCAGCAGACGCAUUUCCACAGCAGAACGUGCUCGUGUCCUUAUCGCUGACUUACAACAACUUGUCCAGAAUCGCUGCCGAGGCUUUCGACCACUUGAAACAAUUGGAAACGCUAGACCUACGAGGCAACAGAAUUAAAACAAUAGAAAAUCGCCUGUUGUUGCCGCUUCAACGAUUGGAAAAGUUAUUGCUCCAACAGAACCUGAUAGAAGUCAUAGGACCUGACACAUUCCCUCCUCUACCUCUGAACAGUUUAUCUUUGGUAGACAAUCUGUUACAAGAGUUGGAACCUAGAACUUUCUCAGCUCUGGGCGAGUUGAGGUUUUUAUUCCUCUCAGGAAACCACUUGGCUGUACUAAGGCGAGGCGUCUUCGCCAAUCUGUCGAAUCUAGAAGUUCUAGCUCUCAAUGACAACGCAAUCAAGAAGAUAGAGAUAGGCGUUUUCGAGGACACCCUCAACCUAAGUUCGCUGAAACUUGAACACAACAAAUUCAGAAUGUUGGACAAAAGGGUGCUUCUUCCCUUGAAGAAACUGCCGUACAUAUAUUUCGACCGAUUCGAACUAUGCAUGGCUGCUACUCACGUACGAGUUUGUUAUCCGAAAGGAGACGGCAUAUCUUCUCAAGAGCAUCUCUUGGACAAUCCUGUAUUAAGAGCCAGCGUCUGGAUAAUGGGAGGCAUUGGAUGCACAGGCAACAUUAUAGUUCUCCUCAGUCGUCUCAUCGUGCCAACAAACAACGUGGUACAUUCUCUUUAUCUGCGAAACUUAGCUCUUUCCGAUCUCUUGAUGGGUAUUUACCUAUUCACCAUAGCCGGAGUCGACCACCAUUACAGGGGCGUGUACCUCAUGCACGAGUUCACGUGGAGACACAGCCUAAUGUGUAAUUUAUGUGGUUUCUUGAGCACACUCUCCUGUGAAAGCUCAGUUCUUAUCCUUACCCUGGUGACUUGGGAUCGUUUCGUCUCAGUUACUCAACCACUAGCCAGACGACAGCCCUCAGCCAAGACAGCAUCACUCACCCUCUUAGUGCUAUGGUCCUUUGCUUCGCUGGUGUCUUUCGCCCCUCUUAGCGAGGUGACCGAAGAGUACUUCGGUGACGAGUUUUACGGUAGCAACGGGGUGUGUCUGUCCCUCCAUAUCCACGAUCCUUACGCCAAGGGUUGGGAAUACUCGGCCAUGAUGUUCAUUCUGGUCAACGCAGUGGCGCUCACCUUCAUAAGCUACGCCUACAUGAGAAUGAUUAAUGAGAUAAAGGCCAGUGGGGUGGCUUGCAGGUCUACCAGGCAAUCUCAAGAUAGCGAUAAGGUGGCACAACGGUUCGGGAUCAUAGUGUUAACAGACUCUUUGUGCUGGGUGCCCGUCAUCAUUGUCAAAAUGACCGCUUUAUCGGGUGUUGCCAUUCCUCAGGACUUGUAUGCAUGGCUGGCAAUUUUCAUCCUUCCCAUAAAUUCUGCCCUCAACCCCAUACUGUACACCCUCACCACAACCGUUUUCAAAAAUCAGGUCCACAAGAUCGUCAAUUCUUUCCUGAACAGCAGGAGAUUCACAGAUCACCACCAUUCCGCCACAGAAUCAGCUCUUAGCUUGAGUUUAGGGGUGUUUCCUUUAAGGAACAGUACCAGGAGAUUCCUAGCCUACAGGGAGGCACAGACACAGAGCAGUCUGACUCAGACCAAAGGCAGUUAUAAGAAGAAUCCUACGGCGGUCUAAGUUCAUCUUUGAAGUGGUCAAUUGGAUAACAAGAACACUACAAAAAUCUAAAUAAUGUAAUUCUUGUUGUGUACGUUAAAUUCAUUUGGUUGGAGAAUCAGGGUGUUUUCAUUCAACGAAUCUAGUCACAAAAUUUAUAAAUAGAUAUUUCAAUGUGAACUUAGUAAAAAAGGGGAAAAGCGUUUCAAACAAAAGUUGUAAAUAUAUUAAAAGUAAUAAAAUAAGAAAAAACUA